AUGACCAUUGCCCUCAUUUCUGUGUUCACCCUGCAGGCAUGGAAGAAGCGGUGGUUUGUUCUUCGCAGUGGCCGUCUGACGGGCGACCCAGACGUGCUGGAGUACUACAAGAAUGACCAUACCAAAAAGCCCAUCCGUGUGAUUGAUCUCAACUUGUGCGAGCAGGUGGAUGCUGGGUUGACUUUCAGCAAGAAAGACUUGGAGAACAGCUUCAUAUUUGACAUCAAGACCAUCGACCGUGUGUUCUACCUGGUGGCUGACACCGAGGAAGAAAUGAAUAAGUGGGUUCGCCACAUCUGUGACAUCUGUGGUUUCAACCCUGCUGAUGAUGAAGCAGCAAAAAACGCUCACCAGUCAGCCACCGGGGGCCUUGUUGUGGAUACCCCCCCAAACCCAGUUCUGAGCAACAUUGGUCCAACAGCAUCAAUGAUAUCUGGCGUGCCACCUCCCUACCAGCCAGUGAGAGUGAGACAACUGGACUCUCAGUCCAGUUCAGAGGAGCCCCAGGAUUACCUAUGGCUUGCCAACUGCGAGAGCAAAAAGCCUGAACCCAACAGCUCAGGGGAGUGUCGGCCUCCACUGGAGAGGGACCAGGAGUAUUUACUCCUGGAAGAGUGUGAGAGCAAGACUCUUACUCAGCAGACUAGUCUAGCCCGAGCCGAAUGCUCAAAGUCUACCUCUUCAGAGACAGACCUGAACGACAACCUCCCGUCUCACCGCACGCCCACACCCUCCACAUCCUCGGCGAAACACACCUCGCACAAUGGCUUCUUCCCUCAGCACCCGACUCCUGCUUCUGCCCCUUCCUUUUAUGACUCGCCUCCCCCCCGCGGUGCCUUACUCUCAACUGACAGUGGCCUCUAUCAACUCCCUCGCAGCUACUCCCAAGACACUGUGCUGCUCCCCAAGUCAGCCUCCUCGCCUCCAGCUCACCCAGACAGUGGGGAUAGUUCAGACCUUUAUGUCUUCAACACGCCAUCAAGGAAGCACUCGAUGGAGACACAAAUACGCAAUCUUUCCAUUAGUUACGACAUCCCACCCACACCUGGUGCAAACUCCACUUACCAGGUUCCUCGCACAUUGUCAUCAUCCACAGGAGUAGGAGGCUCAGAGGGUGGCGGGGAUGUAGUGCCCCCUCCCAGGCCACCCAAGCCCUCACUCAGUUCCAGCUCAGGGCUCCCACCACCCCCUGCUGAGCGCUCACCUACGGACACCUAUUGUGUGCCUCGCUCGGCAUCGGAGACAGAUGGAAACUACUGCGUGCCAACUAGUGCUGGGAGUAAGGCAUUACGCAGCAACACCAUCGGCACUGUGGACUGUUCACGAGUCCGCAAAGAUUUUGGAUCCCAGGACUGCUAUGACAUUCCUAGAUCAUUCCCCUCAGACAAAACCUGCUCAUUCGACUUCAAUGAAAGCUUCAACAGCUACUUUAAAAACAAAGGAAUGAUGCCAGUGGGCCAUUCUGCAGAGGAGGUUGACCAGAACUAUGUCCCAAUGAGUGCUAACUCGCCUUCACAUCACCACUCGGGCAGUUUGCCGGAGCCAAUGCAUGAAACCAACUAUGUGCCCAUGACCCCGAGCACGAUGGAGUUCUCCUCCCUGGGAAAACAGGUUCCUCCACCCGCCCACAUGGGAUUCCGCUCAAGUCCAAAAACCCCUCCUCGCAGGCCAGUCCUCGGUGAUUGCCAGCCACCGCCUGUGGACCGCAAUCUCAAACCCGACCGUAAAGGUCAGAGUCCUAAAAUAAUAAGAGCAAAAGGUGUCUGUUUAGAGCGAACGGACUCUCAAACCGUAGGUGAAUUCCCGCGGGGACGACGCAAGGGAAAACCUGCUCCACUGGAGAUCAAACCACUGCCCGAAUGGGAGGAGCCCUGCACACCUGUCCGCUCACCUGUCACACGAACAUUUGCUCGAGAUUUCUCUAGGUUUCCAAUGCCAACAAGACCCCCGUCAGUGCAUAGCACGGCCUCCAGCACUGACUCCGAGGAGAAUGAUGAGAAUUAUAUGCCCAUGGACUCUAGUAAAUCCACAGAUGAAACAGCUCUGGCUUCAUCAGUUUUCCUUUUCCUGCGUUUUGGUCUUAACCAUCUGCUCUUCUUUUGUUUCCUUUGCUACUGCUUCCCUCUUACUCUGUGUAGAGAGGAGUCCUUCUACUGCACAGUUCCCAUCACCCCUGUAAAGAGGGAGAUGGAGGAACUUGACACCAUAGAGGAGCAGACCAUGAAGCUUGCUGCACCCCUUCCUGUGGAUGGUGGCAGUAGCCCUAUGGUGAAGCUGAAGGGGGAUAAACAGGUGGAGUACUUAGAUUUGGAUCUUGAUUCCGGAAAGUCUACCCCACCAAGGAAGAUGAAAAACAAUGGAACUGGCAUUCCAGCGUCGGGUGAGCGGGUUGACUACGUGCUCGUGGACCAGCAGCGCACACAGGCCCUUAAGAACACCAGGGAGGCCUGGAGUGAAGACCGCCAAUCCACAGAGACUGAUACCCCCGCAAAAGUAGCUAAAUGAACCUGUUGCCUAACUUCCAAACCUCCAAACUCACAGGCCAUCAGCUCUAGUGUAGGCUCCAUUCUGUGCUUCAGGGUGGUGUCAUUCCACCUCAGUAAGGUCCUUGGUGCAUGGGAGCCAGUGGAUCAUCUUCUCCACUUAUCUGACUUUAGUUUACACAGCUGUCAGGCCAAGGAGAGCACUGUGUACAUUUGUAGAAAGGGGCGUGGGCCAGGAAUAAGCUUUAUUCUGUAUGACAUUAGGUGGAAUGACUGGACUUUGGGGGUGGACUUUAACAGACUCAUGAACUUUGAACAUUCACCGUCUCUUACAUGGAUUCAAGGACUUUGUUUUUGUUUAAUGUUUCAUCUUGUCUGUUGCCUGAAGGCUGAUCCAGAGUUAACAUAUCCUGAGAUUGUAAUGCUGGCGGGUGUUGUUUUAGACUGCCAGCGAAAUCACUUGAUAAUAAUUACAUUGCUUUUUCAAUGCAACACUACUAGAUAGCAUAGCAAGUUAACAGCGUUGAUCUCAACUUUCUGCUGUUUUAUCAGGUCUAGUAGACACUGUUCUUGGGUCAGUUUAAAGAUUUCUUCCUUAAGUUAUGGCAGAUGGCUAAAACUGAUCCAUAUCUGUAUUAAAGCAACAUUACAAAACAGCAGGCAAGUACGACCAGUUUUUAAUUGCAUUGAUUUUUUCCUUUCGGAUCAAAGGCAGUUGAACUCAUCCAUUCUAAACAUAAGCAAGUGCUGAAUUUAAGCUUUAGAUUGACUUAAGGUUUAAUUUGUGAAUUCUAUAAUUUCCUCUUUUUUUUUCUCCUUAUGUUUUUUGUAAGUUGAAAUGCUUCGAUUUGUUAUUAUGGAAGUGCAAGGACUGUACAAAAGUGUUAUGUAUAUAAACAGGGGAAGUGUCCUUUAUUUGUAUGAAAUAUCCACCAUUUGUGACUCACAGGUAUACGGAUUCUGCAGGGUAGAAUUCUGUACCUGUCCUAGAUGGCUUCAGAACUUGUGAUUAAUGAAUGAAUUACUGUGAGUUUUUAAGAGCGUAACAGGUUUUCUGUAAGUUAUGCAAAGGUAUCAAACUUACGUUACAGAGAGAAUAAAAUCAGGUACUCUUUUGAAAUGCAUACUAAUAGAGCUUUCCAUUUCUAAUUUAUUCCUCAAUUGAAUUGAUCAGGUCUAUUCCAUGAUCGGUUUUAGCUGAGUGUCGUGGAUCCAAAUGAGGGGACGUUUACCAGAGCCUUUUAAGAUGUUUAGUUUGAUAUGUGCUGGUAAAUUAGCUUCACAACUUAAAUUUCACGUUAUUUUUUUCUUGUCUUUCUUCUCUUAGGUUUAAUUUAUUUUAAUUUGAACUGGCUUACAAAUUUGACAAAUUGACUGACUCAUGCAGUCAACUUGUUUGUAGACAGUUUAUGAGCCUGCCUCCACAGAUCUGAGCUUUACUAACCUGUCAUUGCUUCCUCAGAAAUCCCAAGCGUGUGCGACCACAAAAUGAAAUCAUUGCUGUACAUAUUUAGCUCUCAGCUGUAUUCACGUGUAUCCUCUAAAAUAUGUGCCUACUAAGUCAUCUUCAUUUGACUUCACUCUUUCCUUAGUGCCGUUUCUUUGUGAUACAGUCUGCAAAGCUGACAAUGCUUUGUCUUUUUUUAACAAAUCUCAACUGAAAAUGUAAAUUUGAAAAGUGGACUAAAUAAAAUCCAAUCUCUUAUCCUUACAUUGUUUUUAUUCACCAUUGUUAUGACUCAGAAAUCAAAAUAGGAAAAGGAAAAGAAAAUGUACGAAGGAAAAUAAAUAAUACAUCCACAUGUUGGAACACUAUUGAGGCUAAUCUACUAACGUUAAAGCUGCCUUUUGUACCUUGCCUUUUGUCAGAUUCAG